AUGACGUCCUACUAUGUUUUAAAAGUUCUAGCUGUGACUACAGAAGAAGGAAAGGCUGUUCUUGGAAGGAGAGACAUUUUGAUUGCUUGGAGGGGAACCAUAACUUCUUCCGAGUGGCUUAACAAUGUUCGAGAUGCCUUGAGAGGAUUUAUGAAUAAAUACCGAGACGAGGAAAUAAGCAUAACUGUUGUAGGGUUUAGUUUGGGUGGAGCACUGGCGACCCUAAAUGCAAUGGACAUAGUAGCCAAUGGAUAUAAUAUCACAAAUGGUGCAAAGAAGUCACCGUUGCGGUCCUCGAGUCGGAAACGAUGCAACUCACAGUAUUUGAAGUGGAGGUGGUUCGGGAGUUCAUCGCAUGUUAGCCCAGAGUUUUUUCCGAGUUCAGAUGAAAUAACUAUGGAGGAGGAAAUGGCAAUAAAAGAAGGGUUGGGUGAACAUGUUAGUGCUCACAAUAUGGACGUGUACCUGCAUGGAAUUGCAGGGGUACAAGAACAAUUGUCUGAAUUUUGUCUUCAAGUUGACCAUGAUAUUGCACGUAUAAACAAGCAUUUGGACCAACUCAAAGAUUGUUGCGGAAUUCCUACGGUGAGAAUCGCAAAAAGAUGGUUGAGAGGGACCAUGACCGUUGGGUGCUCAUAA